AUGGGAUUUGCACCAAUUCCUUCACUAGUCCAUCCAGUUGGAAACUCUCUGUACAACAACCCGCAUUCCGUCACCACUGAUGACUUUCCACGGCGACAAGGCAGCGUCAGCCUUCAACGGGAAAAGCUUAAUAAGCACAACAGAUCCUCCAAGGGGCCGCUGAGCGGUCAGAUGGACGAAGCAACUUUAUUUUUCAACUUCGUCCGUUUCCUUCACCAACAACACUUUGCAAUCGGCAAGUUCCAGCUCCAGGUUUCGACACAGCCAUUGGAGAUGGCCUCGUAUCUGUACCAGCUCCUCGGCAUGGGGCCAAAGAGAUCGGCCCCGGCAAUCGUGCCGACGGACGAGAUUGCGCCCUUGCAUCUGUUCGACGAUACGGCGACUCUGCGGGGAUUCACGCUCGUGUGGACCUUUAAAUUCGACGAGGUGCUGGACGCGGAUCUGCUGGGCGAUUCGCUGUCUCGGCUCUUUCAGAUGGAGGGCUGGCGGAAGCUUGGCGGAAGGCUUCGACGCAGACCCGAUGGAUCAGCUGAGAUUCACAUUCCUUGUCCCUUUACAGAGGAGCGACCGCCGCUUCGCUUUACAAAGGAGAGCUUCGACAUGCGCAUUUCAGAACAUCCAGAAGCAUCCAAGUUGCCCAGCGCAACAGACAAGCUGACGAUAUUCCCAAGCGCCCGAAACUACCAAUCACUAGCCCUCGGGCCGGGAGCACCCAAAUGCAUCGACGACUAUUUUUACUCCGACCAUCCGAUAUACGGCCUUCACGUCGUCAAUUUCACAGAUGCCACCCUAGUCUCCAUCACCUUCAGCCACUGCAUCAGUGAUCUCGCAGGUCUCAUGGCCGUCAUCAACGCAUGGCAGCUCGUCCUGGCAGGCAAACCCGAGGCCGUACCUCCAUUCAAGGGCUUUUUCGAAGAUACCAUGGCUGGACUCUACAAAGCAGAGCCGACGGAAAAGUUUGUCUUGGCCGACAAACAGCUCACGGGCUUUGGACUCGCUUCGUUUGGACUUCGAUUCAUUUUUGAGUCAUGGUGGAACUCACCCAUCGAACUGAAGCUUGUUUGCAUUCCGAAAAAGAUGAUGGAUGCUUUUGUACGGGAUGCCAGAAACCAGGUUUCGCAAUCAAUAGAGGCCAGCACUGCUGGAAGCUCGCCCGCGUUCAUCAGUGAAAAUGACAUUAUUGUAGCACUGGCAACGAAAACAAUGGCGAGGAAUCUGUCCCCCGGCCGCCCCAUUACAGCCUUACAAGCCGUCGACCCUCGUAGCCGUGUCAAGUCAGUCUUUCAGCAAGAUGCCGCAUACGUCUGCAACGCGCCAGCAGCCGCCUUUGUCCAGUACACCAGCCAAGAAGCCGUCGACAAGACCAUUGGCGAACUAGCACUCGAGAGUCGAAAGGCUCUCCUCGAGCAACUCACCGAAGAGCAAAUCAAGGCCUUCGCUGCUCUAGCCUACAAAUCCAUGAGCGUCACCGGAAACCCUGCCAUGUUUGGAGAAAGCAAUAUGGCCCUUCUCCUCUUUUCCAACUGGAGCAAAGCUGCGUUUCUACAAACGGUAGACUUUAGCCCAGCGAUUGUAAAGAGCGCAGAGACGGUCCGGCCUGAUGGGAAGCAGGGCCGUCCAGUUUAUUACCAUUCACAGAGCAUAGACACGAGUCCAUUCUCCACAAACGUCAUUGUUAUUAUGGGAAGAGAUUUGGAGGGUAACUUUUGGCUGAAUUAUCCAGCGCACUACUGGCCUGCGUUGUUGGAGCAACUGGAGCGAUAUGCAUAG